GUCGUAGGGGAAUAGGCUUCCUGUUCCGGUUCUCGGGCUCUGGUUAGUCACGUGGAAGUGCGAUCACCUAGACAAUUUGCGCCUUCCGUUCACCAAAGAAUCUUCCCUUUAGUGAUAGAGGCGCAGAUUUCGGCCGGUGACUCUGCCAUGCCGAACUUGCGGCGCAGGCCCCGCCGGGGCGCCGGACGGGGCGCCAGGGCAGCCGGGCGGGACGAGCUGGUGUCGCGGUCCUUGCAGAGCGCAGAACACUGCCUGGGCUCCCAGGACUUCGGCACCGCCUAUGCCCACUACCUCCUCGUGCUCAGCCUGGCGCCGGAGCUGAAAGACGAUGUGAAGGAAACUUUUCAGUAUACGCUCUUCAGAUGGGCUGAAGAACUUGAUGCACUCAGUCGAACACAAGACCUACUUGGUUGCUAUGAGCAAGCCUUGGAACUGUUUCCUGAUGAUGAAGUGAUUUGCAAUAGUAUGGGGGAGCAUCUCUUCAGAAUGGGCUUUAGAGAUGAAGCAGCCGGGUAUUUUCGUAAAGCAGUAAAGCUAAACCCGGAUUUCAGUGACGCAAAGGAGAAUUUUUAUCGUGUUGCAAACUGGUUGGUGGAACGCUGGCACUUUAUCAUGCUUAAUGACACGAGAAGGAAUACGAUUUAUAAUGCAGCAAUCCAAAAGGCGGUUUGUUUGGGCUCCAAAAGUGUGUUGGACAUUGGAGCAGGAACUGGAAUACUAAGCAUGUUUGCUAAAAAAGCUGGAGCGCACUUGGUGUAUGCCUGUGAGUUAUCCAAGACCAUGUAUGAACUUGCCUGUGAUGUAGUGGCAGCAAACGAGAUGGAAGCAGGGAUCAAACUCUUACAUAUGAAGUCGCUUGACAUAGAAAUUCCAAAACACAUUCCUGAAAGAGUGUCCCUUGUUGUAACAGAAACUGUCGAUGCAGGUUUAUUUGGAGAAGGAAUUGUGGAGAGUUUGAUUCAUGCAUGGGAGCAUUUACUUUUGCAGCCAAAGACCAAAGGUGAAAAUGGUAAUUGUGAAAAAUAUGGGAAAGUUAUACCGGCAAGUGCUGUUAUAUUUGGGAUGGCAGUAGAAUGUGCAGAGAUAAGAAGACAUCAUAGGGUGGGUAUUAAGGACAUUGUCGGGAUCUGUUUGCCAACCAGUGUGAAAUUUCAGAGUCCAGCUUAUUCUUCCGUAGAUGCUGAAGAAACAAUUGAACCUUAUACAACCGAAAAGAUGAGUCGAGUUCCUGGGGGAUAUUUGGCUUUGACAGAAUGCUUUGAAAUUAUGACAGUAGAUUUCAACAAUCUUCAGGAAUUAAAAAGUCUUGCAACUAAAAAACCUGAUAAAAUUGGUAUCCCUGUUACUAAAGAAGGCAUACUCGAUGCUAUUGUGGUUUGGUUUGUGCUCCAGCUUGAUGAUGAACACAGUUUAUCCACAAGUCCUAGUGAGGAAACAUGCUGGGAACAGGCUGUCUACCCCGUACAUGACCUUGCAGACUACUGGAUAAAGCCUGGGGACCAGGUGAUGAUGGAAGUGUCUUGUCAAGAUUGUUACUUAAGAAUCCAGAGUAUCAGUGUCUUCAAUUCGGAACAUGAAGUGGAUGUUGGGAAAAGUUUUACCAAGAAUAAAGACUUGCUGCCUUUAGGAAAUGAGGCUGAACUCUGUAGUGCCCUGGCCAAUCUUCAGACCAGUAAACCAGAUGCUGUGGAGCAGACUUGUGUAUUGGAAUCUACAGAAAUUGCUUUGCUUAAUAACAUCCCAUACCAUGAAGGCUUUAAAAUGGCAAUGAAGAAAGUGUUGUCUUCACUGACUCUGGAGAAACGGGGUCAGGCCAUGGAUACUCAGUGUCAGAAUAACGAGAUGAGCUGUGCAAGUGGACAGAAUAAUUCUGAACAGAGCAUCCCUGAGCCUUUGUAUGUGUUAGAUGUGUCUGAGGGCUUCUCUAUUCUGCCUAUAAUUGCUGGGAUGCUCGGGCAGGUUAAACCUUACAGUUCUGUGGAGAAAGACCAGCAUCGUAUGACUCUGGACCUCAUAUCUGAAGCCAAUCACUUUCCUAAAGAAACACUUGAGUUUUGGCUGAGACACGUGGAAGAUGAAUCUGCUGUGUUGCAAAGGCCAAAAUCAGACAAGUUGUGGAGUAUAAUUAUCCUGGAUGUCAUUGAGCCAUCUGGGCUCAUUCAGCAGGAAAUAAUGGAAAAAGCAGCAAUCUCCAGGUGUUUGCUACAGUCUGGAGGUAAGAUCUUUCCCCAGUACAUGCUGAUGUUUGGGUUGCUCGUGGAAUCGCAGACACUGGUGGAGGAGAGCGCUGUGCAGGGAACAGAACGAACUCUUGGAUUUAAUAUAGCACCUUUUAUUAACCAGUUUCAGGUACCUAUACGUGUAUUUCUGGACCUAUCCUCACUGCCCUGUAUACCUUUAAGCAAACCAGUGGAACUCUUAAGACUAGACUUAAUGACGCCAUAUUUGAACACCUCUAACAGAGAAGUAAAGGUAUGCAUCUGUAAAUCUGGACAAGUGACUGCCAUUCCCUUUUGGUAUCAUAUGUACCUUGACGAUGAGAUUAGGUUGGAUACUUCCAGUGAAGCUUCCCACUGGAAACAAGCUGCCGUUGUUUUGGAUAACCCCAUCCAGGUGGAAAUGGGAGACGAACUUGUACUCAACGUCCAGCACCACAAAAGCAACGUCAGCAUCACAGUAAAGCAAUGAAGAGCAGUUUUCUCAUGAAAAAAGGUGGAAGUCGAGCAGAAGUACACAGUUCUAGUCUGAAUGAGUAGCGGGACUGUCAUCAUAAAAUGCAGUACAAAGAUUUAGGUCCUUGUAAUGGCCAAAUGUUUUUUAAAAACUGACACUAAUAAAGUGUCUUUAAAAGAUUCUAAAUUAAAGAGUAGCAUUAUUAGAAAAAUAUUGCUGCAGACUUCCUUACUGGAAAAGGCUGUCAUUCAUUUUUCAAAUUAGGAAACUGUUUUUAUUGCUUGGUUUUACUUACUAUAGAUUAAAUUUUGCCAAACCUGUUAGUUUGUACUCUAAAGCUAUAAAUACAAGGAAUGUUGAGUCUCAUAUUCAGUUUUUAGGCAUCUUGGCUAUUUUUCUCAAAUCCAAACUUACAGUGGGGAUACUUCAAAAAGUUGGCUUCCACUUUAGACUGAGGGUUUAUGGUUACCUGUAAAUUCCAAGCUUGUUUCUUGUAAAUAGUGAAAUACUUCUGAACCUCCUUCUCAGUUUUUGUGUUUUGGGUAUGCAAACCUGAGUAAGAAUUUAAGCUCUAGACUAAAUGUAAUUUAAAGAGUAAAAGAGGGACAAAAUAAAAUCUUAGGAGGCAGCAUUUUUCGUGGUCUGCCUUUGGCGAAGAAAAAAUUUAAAGCUGAUAAAUUAAGUUCAAGGAAGAGUUAAACCUAAACCAGUAUUUUUCAAAGUUUUGAUUUAGAUACACAGAAAGAAAAAAAUAAUUAGUCCAGAUUUUAAAGACUUGAAAUAGGGAGAUGAAUUAGGAAGAUUAUCCUGCCUUGUAUGUCCUGUGUGCUCUCUGCAGGUAAGCCACACAGAAAAUAAGAUGCACCUUCUCUUCACACUGCCUAUUCCCCUUGCCUCUUAUACCGCCCAACUUUAUGUCCAAUAGAAAUGUUUAGUUUAUAAUAACGGACAGAAUAAAAACUUUGUAUCUAAUUACUGUGAACCAGUAGGUAUGUUUGUGUAUGUGUGUGUGUGUAUGUAUAUGCGCUUAAAUAUAUAAAGCGUAGGUUUUGAGAAAUGAUACUUAUCCUUGCUAUUUGCAACAUACCGCUCUGGCCCUUUCUGUAUUUAUUUCCAGUGUAAAAUGUUAGACCCAAUGGGCUGUGAUUAACAGUUAGAGGAACUCCAUCCUAAGUAAUAAAUUUCUCCCAAAGAGCAUCUAUAAGUCUUCUGACUGUGGUUUGAUAUAAAUAAUUAAGACUACUCAGCUGUGAUUUACAUUUGCUGACACCUUUAGUAGCACUGAGGAAAAGCAGACUCUGUUUCUAUCACAAGGUUCUUAUUUAUUCUUCCACUCUUCCAUCCACUUUAUUCCUUUCAUCUCUAAGUCCUGGAUAACCUAUUAAUCUGUUCACAUUGGUGCAAAUAUGAUUUUUAGACAGUAGUUGUUUUAAGAUUAAUAGAUUAGGUCAGAUAUUUCUCCCAGUAGGAAUGUAAGAUAUAGGCCUCUUUCAUUGUAGGUAUAUGAUUUUCCACCCUUUAAUUUUUUGGACUUAAUUUUUUUCUGCUGUGCCUCUAAUCACGAACUUUUGUUAUAACAUUAAGGGUCCAUGUUGAAAGAAUGAGAGAUAAAAAAAGUUGCAGAAAAUAAAUGAUAAAUUCUUAUUUAUUGAAAGACAUCCAGUUGAGAAAUAGAGAAAUAAUUGUUAGGUAAGCAUAUAUGGCACAUGAUUAUGAUUAAGUUCCACUAAUUCAUAUUUCUGAAUUACACUUUCUGCUAAUUCCAGAGCAUUAUAUUCAUGCAGCAGUGGUAGAAAGCACUUUUUUUUUUAACGUCCUCCUCUUGAAAGAGCACUGUAAGGUCAAGAACGUUUAGUAGCCAUUUCCUCCAUUUGAGUAUGUGAUACUCUGUAGUGUUAAGAAGUCAUUUCCUCCAUUUGAGUAUGUGAUACUCUAUAGUGUUAAGAAGUCAAGUCUAAGUCUAGGAUUUUUAGACUGAUUAUUUGUGAUAUACAAAACCUAGUUGUAUGAAUCCAGUAGUUGUACCUGGUUUUCGCUGUUUUGUUGAAAUUUUCCGUCAUUAACGGCCUGUCCCAAGCCCAAAAUCCUGAGCAAUGGGAUACCAGGUAAUGAAAUAAUAUGGGAGUAGCACAGCUUCUGCACACUGUUCAGAAGGCCACGGACGUAUCUGAAGGUUCUUUUUUCUCUCCUGUAGUAUCAUUACAUAUGUCAUCAGAUACAUUAGCUGUAGUAGGUGUAGUCUGGGGAGUCACAGUGUGUCCAAACCCUUGAUAGUGACCCAUGGGUGAAGGUGGCACAGAAGAGGCAACGGAAAUUGCAUCUUGUGAUGAUGAUGAUAACAAGCUUGUGUGUUCAUUUUGAUCUUGAUCCUCAGGAAAAAACUUUUUCCUAGGAUGUCCCAUGACUGUCCUUCCUUUAAAGUAACAUAAAGGUUUCUGAGUUCACCGAAAGUUUGGUUAUUUUUACCACUAUAAACUUGCCAUGCUAAAAAUAAGCUCCCCGCCUCCCUCCUCCCAAUUUGGAGAGCCUUACUGUGGUACUGCUUUACACAGAGUCUUUUCACCUCUUAAACAGACCUGAUAGGAGAACUACAAUAGCCUAUUCGAAUGAAUUAAAUGGCUGGUACUUACCAACAUGCCUUACUUGUUCAGAAAUAUCAUCCCUAAUAUCUGAAACAUCCCACAUGGCAAGAAAGGAAUCAAAGCAUGAGCCCUCUUCUGCUUCUUGGACAUACGGUUUAUAUGAGAAAGUGUAGUGAUGAGCAAUAGCAGCAAGGAGCAUCUCAAUACAGAUAAUAAAGUCCUACAACAACAAUAUCAACAAUAUCAGCCAUGUUGGAGUUUAAAUCUAGUUUUGCAGGUAAAAAGGAAAAGCACUAUCUUUCUCUCUUUUCAAAAGUACUUAAGUCCCAACAGCUGUUUUUUUCCCACAAGACUGUAUUCAUUUUUUUCAUUUUCCAAAAUAAUGAUUUUUGACCUCUUCAAAAAAAACCCCACAAAAUGCCAAACGUUUAACUCUAUUUUGCACUACCUCAAUCAAGUACUUCUUUGCCAAGUACAAUGCAUUCUCUUGCACUGUCCAAGGACUUAGAGGAGAAAUGCAGAAAGUGAAAUAGAGUAGGAAUAACAAAAUCUAGGUUCUGUUCCUGGUUCUACUACAAAUUAGUAACUGUGACCAAUUUUUCUAGGGUUCCCCCAUUUCCUCACAUGUGAAGUGAGGACAGCAGUAGCUCCAUAGCCUGCAUGUGGUCAGGCUGAGGAGAUAACAUGUAAAAAUGCUUAACAAAUAGUAAAGUUCUAUUGAAUUCAGAGAGAGCAUUACUUACCUGGAGUCCUGUGGCCACAGCUUCUACUGUUUGCCAUUCCCAUGUAUGCUUUUCAGAAAUAACGCCAACUUUUACCAACAAAGCAAUAACUACUGCUUGCCUAUAUGUUAGGAAAAGGUAAACGCCAAAUC